UUUGUGGCGGCUGUCGUUGGUCGUGAAGGCCGUUCUCGUUUGUGUCUCGGGCCCUUCAGCGUCCCUCCUGAGUCAGCUUCUAGAAACAGUUUUGAGGAAGUGUUUUGUUUCGCAGCUUUACAGGAAAACCCGGUGUUGCACUUUAUCAACGAAGACGAUGUGAGAAGAGACAAAUGGAGAAGCCUCGUAGUCGACAACUUUGAGCAGCUGCUGCAAAGUCUCGGGUCACAUCAUGGGAGCGUUACGCUCGUGUCACCUUUCCUUCAUCCUGACUUGGAUAUCUGUGGUUUUCCUGCCUGCUAUGUGUUUACGACAUGCUAUGAUACCAACGCUACGCCUGGAGAGCCCAGUGUUCGUGGCCUUCUCAGGCAAAGACCUCACCAUCGGCAGCGAGCUGAUCACACCAGUCAACCAGACUAAAGAUCACCUGAGGUGCUUCUGCCCUUCCGGCCGGAAGAUAUACUUCACGGUCAUCGACUCGAUAACCGGGACACACGUGCCUUACAAACUGCAGCUGAAGCUGAAGAACCUGAACAUCUCGGGAGAAUAUCACUGCACGUAUAAAACCGCCAGGGCGUCCUGGUUCCUGCGAGUGAGAGAUGAAGGCUACAGGAAGAUGGUGAAGUUGGACACCGAGUUGAUCCCGGUGAGCGUGCUCAUCGGCGUGCUGCUGCUCUUCAGCGUGCUCGGCUCGGCGUAUGUCUUCAGAGGACAUUGGAAAGAGAAGAUUACAGAGAGUGGCAGAAAACAGCAUAACAGAGAAGAAGAGAAAGACAAGGCCAAAGAGGUGGAGGAGGACAAGAUGGACAUGAGGGCAGCUCAGUCUACUUCUUUCUAUGCGAGUCUAGAACCUCGGCCCAGGUCCAUUUAUGACGUGCUGGACCCGUCUGCUGCCAAAGCAGAACCGGAUCGAGAAAAAAACGGUUGCAAGACAAAGAAACCCCUCAAACCGGCGCCGCCCACUGCAGAACACCCGGAUGACGGCACAUUGGAGUGUGUUUACGAGAACUUUUGAGUUUGGAUGAAACUUGCUUUCACCUUUCAAUCUUCUCCAAAACUGGGAGAAACACUUAUUAUUAUUAUUAUUAUUAUUAUUAUUAUUAUUAUUAUUAUUAUUAUUAUUAUUAUUAUUAUUAUUAUUAUUAUUAUUAUUAUUAUUAUUAUUAUUAUUAUUAUUAUUUUAACAUACAAAAGUAUUCAUAGUGAAAUGUUCUUCAAGAGCACCACCCCAUUACUGAAUAAUUGACGUGCCAUUUUAAUAUUUAUAUCGCUUAUUCAUUCUGUUCAUUGAUACGUUAAUUAACUAGUUUUCUGCAGUAGAACCAGCAAACAAAGUCCAAUGAAAAAGAAAAAGGUUAUAUAUUUCAAGAAAUAAAAACAUCAUUUAGCCCUGAACAGAUCUAAAAGUUAGCUAAAUAAAACUUCAGAUGAUCAAUAAUGUGUUAUAUUACAUUGUGUCACUGUGAAUUUGAUAAAAACUAAGCCAAAAUGCAGAAAACUGUAGGUGAAAGACUUUUAUGUGGAUUUAUGUCUUGUUUAUGGACUCUUUUUGUUUCAAAGUUCAGUGUUUAAAUUAUUUAAAUCUUUCCUUAAUGGUUUUCUCUUCAGUCGUGUUUUCUUUGAUUGUUCCACCCGUGUCUUGUUAUAUUCAUACGUCUCCUCCUCCCCUUGUUAGUCCGUUUGGUCCAUUUCCUGGUCUGUUUCCUAGACUUCAACCCCCCGUUCUGGUUUUGUGGUCUGUCUGCUUGGACGUUUGUUAUUAUGUUUAUUAUACAGCACUUUUUUUUCCCUUUCUCUUUUAAUCGAUGUUGAGUGCCCUGAAAGGUGCCUUAAAUAAAUCAAAUGUAUUAUUAUUAUUAUCAUUAUUAUUAUUAUUUUAUUUUUUAUUUUUUAUUAUUGUUGUUGUUGUUGUUAUGUUUAUUAAUGUGUUUAUUAUUUGCUUAAAGUACUUUUGGAUUCCUUCACUCUGUAAUAUAUAUUACAGAGUGAAUACUGUAGAAUACUGUAAUAUUAUUUUUAUUGCUAAAAUAUAAUUUUUAUUAAAAAAAAAAUUUUAAUUUAAUAAUAAUAAUAUAUGAUAAUUAUUAUUUAAAAAUAUAAUAUAUUAUAAUUAUUAUUUUAAAAUAUCUGCUGUAAAAUAUCUGCUUCACUGUAAAAUGUAAGUGUGACCUGCUGACUGGAUACUGAGUGCUUCCUUUUGCUACCACAGUAGUUGUUUAAAACGACUGUGAAGUAGUUGAGUAAUGUAAAAUGUAUAGAGGAAAUACUUUUUUUAAAG